GCCACCAUCUUUUCGGUAUCUAUUGAAAAAAUUAAGCUGACAAGCAGACGUGUGUCCCGAAAAAUUAAUUUUUCUUGGGAAAAUAUUUAAAUUGUACUUAAAAUAAUAAGAAAAUAAAAUAACUUUUUACGAACGGAAUAUCCGUGGUUAAAACGUUUCGGUUUGGAAAAUCGUUACAACGUACGUUAGCGGUUUCUUUUGUUACAAAACGCGACGUCGCAGCCUCCGUACGUACGCCCGCACACUCGCCUCCUCCCACAAACGUGAUCGUUAGCCGUUAUUUUAUAGAAAAGAUAAAAAUCUACACGCGCUCAAAAUGCCUGGAGCAGGCACAUUUAAGCUGUUCAUCGGUAAUCUCGAUGAGAAAACUCAAGCAUCCGAGCUAAGGCCUCUAUUUGAAAAAUACGGUACCGUAGUCGAAUGUGAUGUAGUGAAGAACUAUGGCUUCGUUCACAUGGAAACCGAAGAACAAGGCCGCAAAGCUAUUGAGAAUCUUAACGGUUUUAUGCUAAACGGCUAUGGCAUUAAAGUAGAAGCGGCCAAGAGUCGCCGUGCCCCCAAUACACCAACCACGAAAAUCUUUGUGGGCAAUCUAACCGAUAAAACUCGUGCGCCCGAGGUACGUGAAUUGUUCCAAAAAUACGGCACCGUGGUUGAAUGUGAUAUCGUACGUAACUAUGGUUUUGUUCAUCUCGACUGCAUCGGUGAUGUCCAAGAUUGUAUCAAGGAUUUGAAUGGUCGUGUUGUCGACGGUCAGCCCCUGAAGGUUCAGGUCUCCACCAGUCGCGUGCGACCGAAACCCGGCAUGGGUGAUCCAGAGCAGUGCUAUCGUUGCGGCCGUUCGGGUCAUUGGUCAAAAGAAUGUCCGCGCUUAUAUGGCGGCAGCGGUGGUGGUCGUGACAUGGGCCCGGGCGGCUACAGAGAUCGUAUGUACGGACGUGAUCCCUAUCCACCACCGCCACCACCACCACCAUUCUUGCGCGACCGGAUUAUGGAUGGCUUUAGGGAUUAUGACUACUAUGAUCGUAGAUUCGAAGAUACACGUGAUCUAUUCGAGCGUCGUUAUCAGGGAUCGCGCAUGCGUGAUUUCCCACCACCACCAUUAUCGAGACGUGAUCCAAUGCCUUUGCCACCACCGUUGAGUGGCAGCUUGAGAGGUGGUAGCUUAUCACGUGGCUAUGAUAGCAUGUUUAGUAGACGGUCCCCACCACCCUCACGUGGCAGCAAUGGCAUGGGUCGUUAUGGCGGUUAUGAAGAUUUUAGUCGUGAUUCGUUUGACGAUCGUAUGAUGUCGCGUAACCUUCGUAAUCCCUCACCACCCGGUCGCCGUUAUGCACCGUACUGAGAUGAACUGUACUCGUAUUAUAUAAAUAGUGGUUUCAAAGCCAACACCCAUAAUAAUACACGACACUGACUUUUGUUUUUAAGUGGUCAUCAUAUAGAGAAAGGAGACAACAAGUAUCUUGUGUUUUUACCAUUAUAAUUAAUAAUUAUAUGUAAAAUAGGUGGUUUUUUUUCACGCUUUCAUCCUAUUAUUUAAAGCAGAAUAAUAUUUAUUUUGUUUACAAUUCUAUAAUUACAAAAAAAAAAAACAAAAAUUAGGAAUAGAAAAUACUAGCAAGAUCAAGAAAUUAAGUUAACAACUUUCUUUUUAUAAUUUCCACCCUAUUUUUUUAAAUUUAAUUAUUUUCCUAAGGUUUUUUGUAUAAAACCUUUACAUACACUUAGAUUUGUCUCUUUCUUUUUUUUUUGUUCAAUUUCUUUAGUUUGUAGUUUAAUAAAACUAAAUUUAAAAAUAUAUUAAUCAAGAAAAACACUAACCCCACAGGUUUUAAGGCACCAUAAAAAAAAACAUUACAAAUAAUGUUUGUGUUGCAGUUUUAGUGAAGAGCUCUUUUUAAUAAAUUAGAGUAAACAUUGAUCAAAUUUCUCAAAGACAGUUUUCAAAUUACAUUAUAAUACAUACAUUUUAAGGAUUUGCAUUAUGUAAAUAAUAUACAACAUCAAAAAACAACCAACAUACAUAGAAAAAAAUAAAAUAA